AUGGAAUCCGCGGAUUUUGAUGAAUUCCUUAGAUGGGGCGAAGAUCGAGAUGAGUUCCCCGAUCUCCAGUAUGCCCUAGGCAGCGACGAAACAUUUUCAUGGGACCAAAUUUUGGAUGAAUACCUAGAGCCAUACGAGUAUCUGGACCCGUUUCCACUUGGCCCACUAGCUCCAGUCGAAGAGAAAGCGGAAGCGAUUGACGCACUCCCCGAGUUAUCACCCAGUCCGACACCGCAAUACGACGUUCAGAUAUUAAGCGAAUCUAUCACUGAGCUUAAAGACCGUGUUAAUAGGUUGGAAGACCGGAUUACGGAGAAGCAAAAAAGGAUCGCCGACUUAGAGGCUUACCUCGAGAACCUUCAGCCAUUUCUCUUACAACUCGGCACGUCUAUCGAGGGACUUCUGACUGAGGCCCCAAAGUAA